GACUUGACUUGACUUGACUUGCGUAUCGACUUGACUUGUGACUUAAGAAACCACUAACUUGUCCAGUUCUGCUUCCAACUUGACCUGCAAGUCAAACGAAGUUAAGUCAGAAGCGUUUAAAAAUUCUUACUAAUGAAGUCAAAUUAAGUCGAAUAAAUGUUUGACUCAACUUGGUUUGCCUUGACUUGACUUGACUUGAAAUUUUUUUUUAGUGACUUGUCUUGACUUGAGACUUGAAAAACCUCUAAGUCGCCCAUCUCUGACUCUGUGAUACAUUAUUGACUGAAUUAAUAUCAUACAUUGUGAUCCUCGAAUUCACUGAUCUUCAGGGAUCAUUGAUGAACCCGAGUCCUCAACUCUCAAGCAUGUUAAGUCAACCUUUAUGAAGAAACAUAAUUUUCUUAAAGAAUCAUUUCUUCAGUGAAAAAAAUCCUUUCGAAAAUUUUCCAAAAUCCAAUGCCACCAAUCGAUUUCUUGACGCCGAAAACCUUUAGUCAAAGUUGACAAGAAAUCAUUGUUUUCCUCGAAAACGGACUCAAAAAAAGUGAGCUCCACAUGCAAACUCCAAACAUGGAGCUCACUUACCCAACCACCCUUUCCCAAUAAAACCCAAUCCAUGUUUUCUGGUUUAUCGCAGUAAGAUCGAAUUUCACUGAGAUACUAGCUCGCGAGGUAUAACUAAUGUUCACUAGAUAUAUAACCUGGGAUCUCAGGGCUUCCAUUGGGAUGCUAGUAGCAUCACCUAAGAUGCUAUCAACAUUUCAGAUGAUGCUACUAGCACUUCAAGUGACGCUAAUAGCCUUCCAGUUGAUGCUACAAUGAGUUCCUAAUUUUUAGUUUAUGUAGUUGGGAGCACAGUUUUUCUUUGUGCUAAAACAAUCCAUUUUUCACUAAAGCAUCUAUCUGAAAGUUUUCAAAAACCAAUGGUACCAAUCGAUUCCUCAAUCCCAUAAAACUUUUUGUCAAGCUCUACCGGAGUAGAUGUAGAAAAGAACUGAGCAUUAUUGUUUCAGACAAUGUUUUUUCUCCCCCUGACACAUACACACAUACUGGUAGGUUUUAUUUGAGCUGAUCCUCCUUUCAGUCUAGAGAAUAAGUCAAAAGGAAACUAUACCGUUGGCUAGAGUAAUCAAUGCCCUUGGAAAUCAUAUAGAAAGAAAAAAAUUGCUGAAAUUUUGAAGAAACAUAGAAAAUUGAUGAGCAUUAGAAGAGAAAGAGAGAAACAAGAAAGACUUCAAACUCUACAAAAAGAACUAUUCAUUAUCUUUUUUUCUUUCUUUUCAUGUUUGCAAAAUUUUGUUUUCUUUACACUUAUGAACUCGUAUAUGGAAAUCUCCUUAGAAUUUUGAGAGCUUAACAUUUCAGAUAUUAGAAAUAAUUGUCGACACAACAAAAUUCUUACAAAGUCUCUUUCUUAUAGACUAAGUUACGGAAAGUACUCUCUCAUGCAUGAGAGACAAAGAUCUCUUCGACAAUGACGACGAUUCAUUUUCUUUGUUCAUUGUAGUUAUUCCCAAUAUUCCAAUCGAUGCUCAAUGGUCAUGGAAUGGAAAGACCGUUGCUGGAGGGAAUGAAGAAGGCGAUGCCACAAAUCAACUCAACAGGCCUUGUGGUCUCUUCGUUGAUGAUGAUCAAACGAUGAUCAUUGCUGACUGCCGGAAUCAUCGUAUCGUCCAAUGGAAGAUGGAUGAUACGAAUGGACAAGUUGUAGUUGGUGAAAAGGGCCAAGGAAAACGAUUGGAUCAAUUGAGUUGGCCAAGCGAUGUGCUAAUCGACAAAGAGACUGAUAGUCUCAUUAUCUGCGAUGCAGCGAAUAGCCGAGUUGUACGAUGGUCUCGUCGUAGUGACACAACUCAAGGUGAAAUCCUCAUUGACAACAUCGCUUGUUGCGGAUUGUUCAUGGAUGAUCAGAGAUAUCUCUACGUCUCUGACUACAAAAAACAUGAAGUAAGACGAUAUCAAAUAGGAGACAAGAAUGGAAUUAUCGUGGCUGGUGGAAAUGACAAAGGUGCUGGUCUCAAUCAACUCAGCUGGCCGACCUACAUCUAUGUCGAUCAACAACAGACUGUCUACGUGUCAGACAACAACAAUCAUCGUGUAAUGAAAUGGAAUAAAGGUGCAAAAGAAGGCAUUGCCGUCGCUGGAGGUCAAGGUCAAGGGGAAGCUCUGACACAAUUGUCGAAACCUAACGGACUUUUCGUCAAUACGUUGGAUACCAUCUAUGUGGCAGAUACGCGGAAUCAUCGAGUCAUGUGUUGGCCUAAAGGAGCAAAACAGGGUACUGUCAUUGCGGGUGGAAAUGGUCAAGGAGCAGGAGCAAAUCAGUUCAAUUAUCCCCUUGGUUUGUCGUUCGAUCGACAAGGCAAUCUCUAUGUCGUCGAUAAUGAAAAUAAUCGUGUUCAAUUUUUUUCAAUUCAAUAAAUUGCAUUCGAUUCGAGCAAAGUUUUUUUUUUCAUUUCUAUUCACGCGCGCGCGCGACCAGGAACCAUCCUGGUGGCGCU